AGAAGUCCCCAGCUUUCCUGCAUGUCAAAACACGUUACCAGUACAACCUUGCAUAUGCAGAUGCAAAUGACGUGGUUGCGCGCGCAGUUGGCUUGGUGAGGCUUCAGAGGCCCACUCUUCACCCCUUCAUCCCUUCUAAAAGCACUGCGCCGCGCAGGACGACUUCUCAAUCUCAGAAUAUUCCUGUCCUAUCUGAAUCAUUCUUCUUUAAUCUCAGACACGAAAUCGACAAAAUGGGCCAGAAAAACUACAAGCGGCUGUACUACAACCUCCUACGCUCCCAGGAUAAUGAGGAGCAUACUCAAGAACACCCGAUCACUGAGUAUCCCCAGCCAGAGAUAAGCUCUUACACAACUCCUAUUGUCACCAUCAUCAUCGGCAAGAGCCGCUUCCAGGUCGCCGAAUACCACCUGCGCCCGUACUCCAGCCUCGAGCUUCAUUCAUCCGAGCUCAGGAUCAAUGACAUCAACGAAGACAUCGGACAUACCUUUGUCCACUUUCUCAGCACUGGCGCCUACGAAACAUUGAAGCCGACCGAUCUUGAUCCGGAAUCCUGCCCCUGGGCUCGCGAAUUCGAGCGAAGUGUGCAUGCAUACCAUGCUGCGAGACGUUACAACAUCUUUGGACUUGAGGAGCAUGCUAAGCGGUAUAUGGUAACCUUCAGCGAAGAGGUAUCUACGCGGCAGCUUCUGAAAACAGUCAGCAAGGUGUACUCGGAACUUCCGGGUCAUGAUUCAUGGUUUGAGGGAUUCGUCCGGGACAAGCUCACCUCGGCCUUUACCAAGGAUGAGUACAGCUUCAGAUACCGGGUUGUUCGCGAUGGACUGGGAUCAGAUGAUGAUUUCAACCGGUUCUUGAUGUAUACGACCUUGGAGAUCUACGCUGAAAAAUUGGCUUCCCUGCGGGAAGUUCCCGCGCCCGGACCGCAGCUGAACGGACACCAACCCAAUGGCCACGCCGAUAUUCAUUUCGACAAGGGCUCUGUUGUAGAGCAGCAACGGGAUGAUUCUCAUGGUGAGAAGGAAGACAGCUCGCAGCCAUAUCCGGAUGCGCCGCUGUCUGCGGACGACACUCCGACCGUUGUUAAUGCCGGCCAUUCACGACCAGGAUCGCCGGUCCCACCCUCAUCAGCCUUCCUCGACUCCCCAGCCCAGAAUGGCUUCAAUUGGGCCGAAUCGUGCAGUGAUUCUGCACCGAUCGACUUUCCGACAUUUGCACCUUCUCCGCCUCUAGUCAGGCGACCGAGUACGGCGUGGGCAGAUCCCGAACCAGAGCGAGAGGCAGAUCCAGAGCCGGAGCUGAAACCAGAGGCCAAGCCAGAGCCGGAGCUGCAGCUGCAGCCGGAGCUAGAGCCAGUGCCUGAGUUGAAGCCGGAGCCUGUGAAGCCGGAGCCUGUACCGGAGUCUGAGUCCGCGUUGAAAUCGGAGCUUGUGUUGCCGGAGCCUGUGCUGCCGGAGCCGGUGAAGUCGGAGCCUGUGUUCAAGUCUGAGCCGGAGCCAAUUCUGAAGCCCACCCCAGAGUCAGUGUUUAAGCCAGCAGAACCAGAGCCAAUGGGAAUCCCAAAGUCGGUAGUCAAUCUCCCAAAGCCAGAACCAAGCUUCGGGAUGUUUGGAAAGUCUGUACCGGCGAAUCUCCCAAAGUCGGAACCAGUCCCAAAGUCAGAGCCAGCCGAUGCGCCACCGGAGCAACCUCAAGCUCCCAAAAAAAAGAACAAGCCCAACUCGCACCGAAGAAAGAGAAAGGCGCAGGCGCUGGCCGCGGCUGCCCAAAACUCCGGAGUACUAGUCAACGAUUCGGCAGCAAAGCCGUCUCAUUGAUGGCGCAGAUCCUCAAAAGCAGUGUCUGCCACUGCUUUGUAUUACCAACCCGAAUUGUCACCCUCACUUGGAAUUUCCUUACAUCCCUUUUUCGCCCAGUAUCUCGACUUCAUAGGGAAGUCGUGGGGCUCCUACACUCGUUCGUCUCAUUUCUUAUGUUAGCCUAUUAUUCUUUGUUUG